AUGGCUCCUCUGCUCCUCUCUUUACUCGUACACACCUGUUUGAUGGUGGGAUGCUCCACCCGUACCCCUCCUGUGGACCCCUCCGAGCCCCAGCCCAUGCACUCAUCUCUGGGGCAGAACGGCAGCAGUGAGGGGGUCCCGUUGGUGGAUGUCCCGAUGGCUCUGGGGGUCUUCAGCGUGGACUACCACCAUGUGCAGGCGCCGUUUGAGAUCGUGUUGUGGAUUAUGCUUGCGUCGCUGGCCAAACUGGGUUUCCACUGGUCCGGCCGGGUCCCUGCGGUGGUCCCUGAGAGCUGUCUCCUCAUCAUGGUGGGACUGUUGGUGGGCGGCGUCAUCUAUGGCGUCCGUCACUCGGCCCCGCCCACUCUGAGCGCUGAUGCCUUCUUCCUUUUCCUGCUGCCCCCCAUCGUGCUGGAUGCGGGGUACUUCCUGCCGGGGAGACUGUUCUUUGAAAACCUGGGCACCAUCCUCUGGUAUGCGUUGUUGGGGACCCUGUGGAACGUGCUUGGUAUAGGCCUGUCUCUGUACGGUGUGUGCCUGCUGUGCCCCUCAUCUCUGGGGGACAUAUCUCUUCUUCACUGUCUCCUCUUUGGGUCCCUGAUCGCUGCCGUGGACCCCGUGGCCGUCCUCUCUGUGUUUCAGGAGAUGCACGUGAACGAGCAGCUCCACAUCCUGGUGUUUGGAGAGUCUCUGCUCAACGAUGCUGUGACUGUGGUUCUGUACCAGUUGUUUGAGUCCUUCUUGCGCCUGCCCUCGGUCUCUGGUCUGGAUGUCCUCUUGGGGGGGUGCAGGGUGCUGGUGGUGGGCUUUGGGGGUCUGUUUGUGGGGCUGUUCUUUGGACUGGUGGCUGCUCUCACCUCCAGGUUCACCCCCAGAGUCCCAGUCAUAGCCCCCCUCUUCGUCUUCCUCUACUCCUACCUGUCCUACCUCACGUCCGAGAUGCUCCACCUCUCUGGCAUCACAGCGAUAGUGACGUGUGCAGUGACCAUGAAGCAGUACGUGGAGGCUAACGUGUCUGAGCGCAGUAACAGCAGUAUCCAGUACUUCCUGAAGAUGUGGAGCAGUGUGAGUGAGACUCUGAUCUUCAUCUUUCUGGGCGUGUCCACCAUCCAGGACGUGCACAUGUGGAGCUGGGCCUUCGUCUGCUCCACUCUGCUGCUCUGCCUCAUCUGGAGAGGAACAGGAGUGCUGCUGCUCACUGCUGUGGUGAACAAAGUGAGGAGAAACAAAGUGACAUUCAGAGACCAGUUCAUCAUCGCCUACGGUGGCCUCAGAGGGGCGAUCUGCUUCUCUCUCGUUUUUCUCAUCGAUGAUUUUCCCAAGAAGAGGCUCUUCAUCACUACAACCAUCAUCGUCAUCCUCUUCACUGUGUUUGUCCAGGGCAUGACCAUAAAGCCUCUGGUGGACUUGUUGGAUGUAAAGAGGAAGAAGAGAGCUCUGCCCACUGUCAGUGAGGAGAUCCACAGCCGGCUCAUAGAUCACCUUCUGGCUGGGAUCGAGGAUGUGGUGGGAUACUGGGGACAGCACUACUGGAAAGACAAGUUUGAGCAGUUCAACACAAAGUUCCUGCGUCGGUUCCUGAUUCGAGAGGAGCAGCAGAAUCGCUCCAGUAUUCUCCGAGUUUAUCAGGAGCUGGAAAGAAGAGAGCAGGGGGCACACAGAGAGACAACAAUACAGGCCAGAACAGUUCCUCAAACCGCCAGUCGCCCUCUGCUUCCAGAAGAGAUGGACAGUAUCAGAAGAAUCCUCUCUAGAAACCUGCAUCAUUUCAACAGCAGGAUGCCCGCCUACAGCCGCCACACUCUGCACCAGGACAGGAGCCUGCAGAGACACAGGAGUCUGGGAGAGAGGGACACACAGGUGGAGGAUGCAGAGUUUAAUGAACUCCACAUUCUGAGGAGUGGACUGCGCAGAUCCCACACUGUUUGUGCCAUAAGUCCAAGCUGUGCCUCCCUAGACUCCCCUCUCCCAGACUUACAGACAGCCCCAAAACACGGACCCAAAAAACACCUCAGCUUUGACAUAGAAAAUGAAAAGAACAAUUGA